AUUCAUCAUGCUAAAUCUCAUUCGCCCAUCUUCUGCCUUCACACAACAGACCCUUAGAACUACAUUCUCCAGAUCGACCAUUUCUGCUUCCCAGAUUCCCAGAAUUAGUAAAGCAAACAUGGCGACCGACGCUUCCAAGCCCAACAUUGAGACCAAGGACGUCCAAACCGCACCCGGCAUCACACUCUCGGAGCAACAAAACACUGUUGUAGGCUCUGUCCUCGAUCUCUUUGCCGGCCGGCCUUCAUUGAAGAAACUUGCCUUGUGGCGCGACGACGCCACGUUUACGGAUCCCAUUACUAUUGCGCAGGGUCGCGACAAGUACGCUGCACAAUGGUACGGUCUACAGAGCGCAUUCUCGGAAAUCGAGAGGCUGCACCAUUCGGUCAAGGAUGCUGGCAAUCCUAUCCUGAUGGAUUUGAAGACGAGAUAUGUCGUCAAGGGGAUUGGAAAGGAGACGACCAUUGAGAGUGUUGUUGCUAUCUACACAGAUGAGCAGGGCAAGAUCAGUAAGGUGGAGGAUAAGUGGAAUGGCAAGCUGCCUGAUGGUGCUAUCGCGAAUGCCUUCCGACAUUUGAACGCUGUCACGGUACCCAAGUUGAUCAGCGUACCGAAGAACGAUGAGGAAGAUGCACAGAGGGGUAACCAGUAAUUUUAUCCUUUUUGUGUACCAAGUAGCGUAGUGUAUAUACCAUUAACGCACG